AUGCCCGAACGAUGCGUUGUCUAUGGCUGUAACAACACAGCAAGAUCAGAAAAAGGUGUAUCUUUAUAUCGUAUACCUUAUUGCGACGAUAAUCGGCAAGUAGCAAAAGGCAGGCGAAAGAAAUGGUUGGACUUUAUUCGGCGGAAGAGAGACCAAUGGACACCAAGUUCUGGUUCAGUUGUUUGCUCAAAACACUUCACGGAAGACUGCUUUGAAUACGGUUCCCACACAGUCCCACUAUACAAAACUCCUAAGCUUAAACGAGAUGAAAUUGGGAUUACUGCUGUUCCAUCUUUGAUGCCAAAAGCGACAUGUUUGGAUAGUGAACGCAAUGUGCGCCUACAACGCAGAGGAAAGGUAUGAAUAUCAGAAUAUGUUUCUUGUAUAUUUUCUAGUGUUUUAGUUUGAAUUAAAAUAUUCGAAUCGUGUGUAUUUAGUUAUAUUUCAUGCAUUUGUGUUAAACUAUUUAUGAUCUUUGAAUCUCUAUACUUAUAGCUAUCAUUUAUGGAAGAAGGACCUUCGACUAGUAUUAUGGAGGAGCCAGCUCAGGUAUGUUGGACUUUUAAACAAUGUAUCAUAUUUCCUGUAGUGAUGUGUGAUAAUUUAUCAAGGCAAUGUCAGUCAUAUGUUUGUAAACCACAUACAAAUAGAAUAUAUAUAUAUAUAUAUAUACAAUAUAUAUAUAUAUAUAUAUAUAUAUAUAUAUAUAUAUAUAUAUAUAUAUAUAUAUUAUAGAUAUAUAUAUAUAUAUAUAUAUUAUAGAUAUCAUAUGUGGAAGAACCUUCGAUGGUGGGGAGAUCUUUGAGGAGCCUCAGCCUUCUACCUCGGCAAACGUAAGUAUCUAUGUCAGCAGUGGUCAUUUGUAUAUAUACUGCUUGUAAACUCCAUACAAAUAUAAUUAAAAUGCUAAUUAGUGACAAUCUUACAAUAAUUGGUGCUGUUAUAAGUAUUUUUUUGUGUUUUAGUUUGGUGAACAGUCUGAAAGCAUUCAAUGUGGUAAUUGUGAAUCCUUAUUGAAGAGAAAUAGACAGCUCCGUAUAAAUUGGCUGUCUGCAAAACAUAGGCUUGAAAUUUGCAGAAAUCAAAUGGACUCACAAGUGGAAAGCCAAUUAGGUGAGUUACUUGCAUUUCUUUUUGCCUUACAUGAUUGGGGGGGGGAGGGGGUGUCCAGACCAUUGCAGAACAAGUCUGAUUGCCAUAUAUAGAUGUAUUAGUGUUUCAGUCACGCCCAGUGGCCAGUUUGAUAAUGGCUACAUACUGUAUAUAUUAACAACAUCUUUUGAUCAUCAGGAAAUGAUUCCCAAGACAUCCCUUCCAGCAAUGAUCCCACACCUGCAAGUAAGCCAAUUGAAAGCAAUGAUGAGCAUUCUAGUUCAGAUAUUGAAUUACCUACAUCAGAUGAUCUUUUUGAUGAAGAAGCACCAAUGGAAUCGACAGAAACAGAGACAGAGGAUGAGACAAAUCCACAGCAUAAAAAGUGAGUGCACAACCCUGAUAAUAGAAUAAAAUGUGUGGGUAGGCUAAGAACGACACCAGUAGUUUGUAAUUACAUAUAUCAGAGGCAGCCAACAUAAUCAGCUGCAUGGAUUUACUAAAUAUGUGUUAAUUUUUCAGGGUUUUUAACGAUUCUAAUUUGCGAAGAGAACCAAAGUUCAUUGUGUUCUUCACCCAGUUGCUUACACUCUUCAAAUUUUGCCAUGCCUGCAAAUUUGACCAUCCAUUAAUUGAUGUUCAAGAGAAUGGUACAAUGGCUGAAGUAACAUCCACAUGUGCUAACCCAAAGUGUGGCAGGACAACCAAGUGGUUCAGUCAGCCGUAUAUGACAGGCACGAAGAUCCCAGCUGGCAAUUUCCUUCUAUCAUUUGCGAUACUUGUUGCUGGAACAUCAGCCACAAAAGUCUUGCGGGUAUUUAAUCAUAUGGGAUUGAAAUGUAUCUCACUUUCAACAUUCUUCAAACAUCAACGUGUGAGUGUUGGUACAUAAUAAAUGUUUAAUAUUAUAAGGGGCCGUUUAAUCACAUGAUCCUGGUUUGGAAAUUGCAUAGAUGGGGUACCAUUGAGCACUAUUUUUCUCCCCUUGAUUAGUAAAUUUAUACUUGCAUUUUUAUUUGCAGGAAAAGCUAUUCCCUGGAAUAUUUAUUCACUGGAAAAAAUAUCAAGAGGGAUUGAUUCAAGAACUGAAGAACCAUGGUGACCUAGUGGUAGCUGGUGAUGGAAGGCAUGACAGCAUGGGCCACAGUGCCAAGUACUGUGCCUACACAGUAUUUUGUUGUACAGUGCCAUUUAUUAUUCACUUUGCACUUGUGCAGGUAUGUUACUUAGAAAUACUGUGGAAAUUGUAGCACAUUAUAGCUGAUCAGCUUGGAAGAUACAGUAAUGUAAUAACAACUGAAAAGCAUACCACCACCCAGGGGAAUUUUUAAUGCAUUUAUACAUUAUAUAUGCAUGUAUUUAUACAGUAUAAUUUAUUUUUCAUUUCUAGAGAAAUGAAGCAGGUAGCAGUACUGCAAUGGAGUAUCAUGGUUUUGUAAGGAGCAUGGAAUAUCUUCUGGGCUGUGGAUUACUGAUUAAGACGUUUGUUUCAGAUCGACAUACAUCAAUUGCAAAGCACAUGAGGGAAAAGCUGGCCAACAUCAAACAAUAUUUUGACAUUUGGCAUUUGAAGAAAAGUAUGUUGCAAAUAAUAAUAACAUGCAAUAUUUAUUUAUUUAUUCAAUAUCAAAAGUCCAUGUAUUCUUGCAUCUGAAUACGUAAGAGUGUAUCAUGUAAAAUUAGAAUGCUGUUUUUAGGUUUGUAAUCCAAGUGAGUAUAUAUACACUUUAAGACCUGACCAGGAACGACUGUGAAAAAUGCAGCACAUUUUCCACAUUGCAUUUUUCGCAGUCGUUCCUGGUCAGGUCUUAAAGUGUAUAUAUACUCAAUUGGAUUACAAACCUAAACACAGCAUUCUAAUAUUAAUUCCACCAAGUGAAGUGCAAGAGGCCGGAUUAUUGAGAUCCACCUUAUCAUGUAAAAACCCAUGAAAUUUGACUGGCACCAGGACACUGAAUAGAAACUGUACAGAAAUAUAACUAACACACCAUGGAUCUAGGCAUUAAGGAGAGGCAUCCCCCCCUGAAUGUUUGCCAUUUUGAAUAUACAGGGGAGUGGAUGCCUUUCAUAAGCGCACUGGCUUAGUCAGCAUUUGAUGACAAAUCAUGGCAUGGCAUGGUUACGGUGCGGUUUAUAUUCUGUAACCAGGAUGCAAGAUAAAAUAGCCGGGGUAUGAUAUUGCUCUGAGUGAGUGCAUGAGUGAUUGACAAUUUUAUUAACUGGUAAAGAAUAAAAUCAUCAAUAAUUAUGGAGAAAUAUGGAGCUUUCUCAUUUUUUUGUUUCCUUUGAUGGUACCGGUAUAUAAUUUUUUUUGCUGUAAUACCAUUCUAUUUUAGAAGUCACAAAAGUCUUGACAAAACUUGCUAAAGUUAGUGGCAACGAAAUAAUCAGUGAGUGGAUUAAGCCAUGUACAAACCACUUAUAUUGGAGUGCCAGAACAACGCAAAGUGGAAAUGGGGAUGUCAUUUGGGCUAAGUUUUCAUCUUUCUUCAGCCAUGUUGUUAAUAAGCACAAAAAUUUGACAAACCUGUUGUUUGAUAAGUGUGCACAUGCAGAUGAGAUUCACCCACGCAAGUGGAUGGAUGAAGGUUGGUAGUGCUAUGUCAAUGUUGUUAUAAUUAGUACAAUACAAUAUUCCACAAUUCCUCUAUGCAAUUGCCUGUAAAUCCUGAUCCUUGGGUCAUUGAAAUGACCAACUUCAUGCUCAGAUUUAUGACCAACUUCAUGCUCUUUUUACCUUCCAUACUGGGCUAAAACCAAAAAAUCCCUCUUCCAAUAGUACAAUCUCAUAAUAAGUAAAUUAAUUAAAUAAAAAGCAGAAGCCCUUUGGGGGUAUAAAAAGGAAUAAAAUUGUAUAUUCACAACUUGUGUGCACAUGAAUAGUUUUAAUUGUUCAAUAAAAUAAAUAUCUAUUAAUCAUUUUCAGGUUCCAUUGCUUAUGAGAAAAUGCUUGCAGCUUUAACAAAUAAAAAAUUGAUGAAUGUUAUAAAGAAGGCAUCUCCUAUUGGUCAGACAAGCUGCCUUGAAGGCUUUCACUCUGUACUGAAUCAAUUUUCACCAAAAAUGAUUGGAUACAGCUAUCCAGGAAUGUUCUGCAG